AUGCAGAGUGGCCAAAAACCAGGACUGACCCGAUACCAGCCUGUCUCUCAGCCCAGUGGCCUGCAGUCAGCACAAACCAGCUUCCAGUCUGUGCCCCCAACUAGUGGCCUGCAGUCAGCACAAGCCAGCUAUCAGUCUAUUGGCCAAAAACCAGGACUGACCCGAUACCAGCCUGUCUCUCAGCCCAGUGGCCUGCAGUCAGCACAAACCAGCUUCCAGUCUGUGCCCCUACCUAGUGGCCUGCAGUCAGCACAAACCAGCUACCAAUCGGAGUCCCAACCCAGUGGCCCACAGUCAGUACAAACCAGGUACCCGUCUUUACCCCAACCUAGUGCUCUGCAGUCAGCAAAAACCAGCUACCAAUCAGCACAAGCUCACUACCAGUUUGUGCCCCGGCCUGAUGGCCAAAAACCAGGACCAAUCCAAUACCAGCCUGUCUCUCAGCCCAGUGGCUUGCAGUCUGCACAAGCCAGCUACCAGUCUAUGCAACAUCCUAGUGGCCAAAAACCAGGACUGACCCGAUACCAGUCUGUCUCGCGACCCAGUGGCCUGCAGUCAUCACAAACCAACUACCAGUCAGCACAAGCUCACUACCAGUCUGUGUCCCAGCCCAGUGGACAGUCUGUGUCUCUUCAACCUGGAUUCCAGCUCCCUUCUAUGCCAGAGCAGUCAAGUUAUGUGUCUCUUUCCAGUUUUGGUUCCCAACCCCUAGAGCAACCCAGUAAUGUACAACUUGCUUCAAGCUAUGAGUCUGUGUUGCAGCCUGACCUUCAGGAUACAGCACCACUGUGCUCCCAGACUACUCAAAACGAGCGCUUCUCACCUGGCACGUUGAGGCUGUUGCAGCAAGUGAAGUCAUAGGAGUCAUGAAUUUGUGUGUUUUUUUUUUGUUUUUUUU